UUCAAAUUUAGGGUUCUUCUUUUUGUUGCCUAAACCCUAAAUUAAUUUACGAUCUCAAAUCUGCCUGUCAACCAUGGCGAAGAACAGAAAUAAGAAGAAGAAAAAUGGCGCCGUUUCAAUGGACAUCUCAGAGCCCACCGUUUCUGAUCUCUCUCAGGCAAUGGAUACUUCAGAGUCUGUAGCUCAAAAACCGGCUUCUGGGGUUCUUACUAGAAAGGUGAAGGGAAGACCGAUGAAAAGAUCAAAAAAUGUUAGAAAGACGAAAGCCAUAGCAAAAGCUGUAUCAAAAAAUGAGAAGUCAGUUGAGAAAGUUUUGAAGCAUGAGAACAAAACAGCAAGAACCCAAUCUGCAAAAUUGUUGUACGACUAAAUACAGAAGAAAGUUCUGUUUUCACAGUAGUAGAUUCUUUUUGAUAUCACUAUAUUGAGUGUACUUCAAUUAUUUUGAGUAUAUAGAAUCCAAUUCAGGUUACUGGUCAAUUCAUUGCUUUAUUUUCUUUGUAA